CCGGUAAAAUUAUCUGCAGAAGCACGCUUUGUUGCGAGCCAAACGUUUGAGCUUGUAUAUUUAAAAGCAGUCAAUUUGUAUUGUGGAUGAUGGGUGAAGUUAUCAUCAGCACCAGCCUUAAAGCAAAGGUUUCCUUUUUUCAAACUGCUUCAGAUUUAAGAAGUAACAAUAGAUAUUGUGAUGCAAUUGUACAUGUGGGGAGGAAAAUUUACAAUGCCCAUAAACUUAUCCUAGUCUCCUACUCAAAAUAUUUUGCUGACUAUUUCCGCUUGUCGGUAAUUAACAAUUGUGGUGUCGUUCUCUCAGAUAUAAGUGAAGAGAUGUUUAGCUAUGUGCUAGACUAUAUGUAUGGCCAAGAGAUCCAUGUGCCAGUUAGUUGCUUGGGAGAUUUGUUGAAAACGGCAAAAAAACUGGAGGUACAGGACUUGGUCCAUCAAUUUGAGAAAGGGCAGUUUGGUAGGAGAGAGAUUGGUGGAACAGAACGCAUUCUGAGUGCCAUGCCUCCAGAGGAUCCCACAGCAAACAAUGACAUAGGAUCUGAAUGUGGCACUGAUAUCAUACAAAACCAAAUGGCAUUCAGUAAUUCAUUAAACUGCGAUGAAAAAGAGCCAAUGGUAAAAAACAUGGAUGAUGGUAAAUUGUUUGCAGCUACGGUAAUAUGCAAGCGCUUAGAAGAGGUGGGUUGGCCCAGUGGCACUCAGAACAUGGCUGAAUUCAAUCCGACAGAUUCUGGGAUUGGAAGUAAUUCUAAGGGCAACUUUUUCUGUGUAAGCUGUAAAUCUUCCUUUCCCAAUGUAAAAGAAAAAUGUCUUCACUUUUUAGCCCAAAAAUGCUAUGGGGUUUUGCUCAAAUCGAUGCGAGUAAGUGUUAACCGGAGGUUAAGAAACAGAGGGAAAAGUCCAUUUUACACAACCACCUCAAACCAUGUGUGCUACACUUGCUAUAAGGGUUUCAUCUCUAGGUCUUCACUUGUAAGACAUAUUCAACUGAAGCACAACAAGAAAACAGCAAAGAAGUUUUCAAAGGGUCAGAAAGGUGAUAAAAAAACUUUGAAUGGCAAACAGACCUUUAAAAAUAUUCCGUUUCAGUUGAAGGUUCCCAUAUUUGAAGGAGAGGAUAGGAAUGUUAUAUCAACUGAAUUAACAAAAAUAUUUAAUAGGUGUGAACUUUGUGGUACACAGUUUGAGAAUGCAAAAGAACUUGUUGAACAUCAGGCAGAUAGUCAUGGACUGGGAAUAUUUCAAGAGACCUUCCAUUGCCCUGAUUGUUAUGAGAUGUUCACGAUCAAGGAAUUAUAUAGAUUGCAUCAACAAACAACCCAUGAAAAAAACCUCUACAUCUGCACAGAAGAGGGUUGUCAUGUGGCAUGCUCAACAAGCAGAGACAUUAUACUUCAUUUGAAAGAGGAGCACAAUACUGAUCCUCCAUUCAAGUGCUGCAUAUGUGGCCAUGCCGUUACAGUAAAACAGCAUCUCAAAAGGCACAUUUAUCUUCAUUAUGAUCAGCGCAAAAAAUAUUCUUGUGAAAUAUGUAAUAAAGUGUAUAGGACAGAGAAAGAGCAGUUACAACACAGGUACUCCAAGCAUGGUGUGAUUGAUGAAGAAAAAGCUCUACGUUGUACACAUGAUAACUGCUCCUACCUGACAUACCACUUGCCUAAUCUUGAGAGUCAUCUGAAGGCCAAACAUUUAAAUGAGAAGAAUUUUACUUGCUCACUGUGCAAUAGGAAGUACUCUUCUAGGGGGUCACUGACUGCCCAUAAGCUGGUUCAACAUGAAAUGCGUUAUGUAUGCAAUUGCCCACAUUGUGGCAAAAAGGCAAAAGAUAAAACUGCUUUGAAGUCUCAUCUGAAGAGAUGCAGAGGAGAAACCAUGUCAUUUUUGUGCACUCAUUGUGAAUAUUCUACUGAUUCCAGAAUCACAAUUGAAAGUCAUCAGUAUAAAAAACACGGUAUACUGCCAGUCAAAGGUAAAAUUUACAGUUGUGAUGUGUGCGACUACAAAUGUGUGACAAAUAGCGGUAUGAAACGGCACAAGCGUGCACAUAUCGGUGAGCAAUGA